AGAAAAAAGAAACGUGGGCGAGUGCACCAUAUUCCCUGGAUCAAGGGCGGAGUUCGUCUUUUCUUCUCCUCUCCUCUACGAGACAGACAAAUCACAAAUCCCCUUUUUAGUUCAAUCGUUCCCAUCACCUUCGCUUGAUUCAUUCGUUGCGAUUUUAACUUUCCAACUUCAAUUUUCAAAUCUCUAAAAACCUCUUUUAUGUUUGUUUGUGGAAUCUUCAUCUCCCGUUUUAGCCAGCCAUGGAUGUUUGCGUAAAAGAAGAAGUGUUGGAGACUCCGAUUGUCACCGAGAGGAGGCCAAGAACCGGCGUCGUUUCGGCGCCCCCUCCGGGUUCGGUUAUUGAACUCAGCGAUUCCGACACGGACGAAGACGAGGGCCAUGAUUUGGACAGUGCAGUCGCCAACGCAGUGAACGGUGCUUCUUCUUCGGUAGAGAGUCCGUCCAAGAAGCGAAGGACGAGCGAGGCUGGAGGAGUGGUUUUGCCGGUUGGAUUCCUCACCCCUCUCCCUCCGGCUCCGGCGCCGACACCUCCUCCCACUGCGGUGCUGUCCUUGCCGGCGCCGGAAUGGGCAUCUAAUUCGACGGCAUCGCGCGCCAACGCGAGUAAGAGUUUGAGUCUGAAUAGCUCCAAGCAGUUCUGGAAGGCCGGGGAUUACGAUGGUGCUCCGCUCGGAGGCUCUGGAUCUUCAACAGUUGGUAUGGAUCAUGUCAGAGUUCACCCCAAGUUUUUACACUCUAAUGCCACAAGUCAUAAGUGGGCUCUUGGAGCUUUGGCUGAGCUUUUGGACAAUUCAUUGGAUGAGGUCUGUAGUGGGGCCACAUAUGUUAAUGUAGAUAUGCUUACAAAUAAGAAAGAUGGCACUAGGAUGUUGCUGAUUGAAGAUAAUGGUGGUGGAAUGGAUCCUGAAAAAAUGCGUCAAUGCAUGUCGCUGGGGUAUUCCGUGAAAAGCAAAAUGGCAAAUACAAUUGGGCAAUAUGGAAAUGGCUUUAAGACAAGUACCAUGAGACUCGGGGCUGAUGUAAUUGUAUUCUCCCGCUAUCCUGGGAAAGAUAUGAAAAGCUCUUCACAAAGCAUAGGGUUGCUGUCUUACACAUUUUUGAGGAGUACUGGGAAGGAAGACAUUGUAGUACCCAUGCUGGACUAUGAAAGAAGAGGACAGGAAUGGAAUAAGAUAAUACGAACUUCUCUGGAUGAUUGGGAUAAAAAUGUUGAAACAAUAGUACAGUGGUCACCAUUUUCUAAUGAGGCUGAUCUUCUUCGUCAGUUCAACUUGGUGAAAGAUCAUGGUACACGAGUAAUUAUAUACAAUCUUUGGGAAGAUGACCAAGGUCAGCUGGAACUUGAUUUCGACGAAGACCCACAUGAUAUCCAAAUAAGAGGUGUAAAUCGAGAUGAGAAAAACAUACAGAUGGCUAAAGAGUUUCCUAAUUCUAGACAUUUCUUGACCUAUCGACAUUCACUAAGGAGUUAUGCCUCUAUUUUAUAUCUGAGACUUCCUCCUGGCUUCCGAAUUAUUCUUCGUGGGAAAGAUAUUUUGCAUCACAACAUAGUGAAUGAUAUGAUGAUGUCUCAAGAGGUGACCUACAGGCCUCAAGCUGGAGUUGAUGGGCUUCUUCCGAAGGAUUCAAAUAUGGUUGCCGUUGUUACUAUUGGAUUUGUCAAGGAUGCAGUACACCAUAUUGAUGUUUCAGGUUUUAAUGUUUAUCAUAAGAACCGACUCAUUAAGCCAUUCUGGAGGAUCUGGAAUCCAGCUGGAAGUGGAGGGCGUGGGGUCAUAGGUGUGUUGGAAGCCAAUUUUGUUGAACCUGCUCAUGAUAAGCAGGGCUUUGAGCGUACAUUAGUUUUAUCCAGACUGGAGUCUAAAUUGAUACAAAUGCAGAAAAAAUACUGGAGCACUAACUGCUAUAAAAUUGGUUAUGCUUCCAAUCGAAGUAAAAUACAAAUCAGAGAUUCUGCUGAUAAAGAGGCAUCUGCCGAUUAUUUUCCUGAAUCAUCACAAUCAAAAAGGAAAUAUUCUACCACGGAUGGCAAGGCUCCACCGUUGACAUCAGACAAAUUGCAUUCAUAUUCGAAUCAGAAACGGAUACAAAAACAAACAGAAAAAUAUAGGGUAUAUAUUAAUGGUCAAUCUUCAGUCUCUCCUAAACGGAAAGUGCAAAGUUCAUCUGAGCAAUCAUCAUCCGAUGACGAAGUCAGUGAAGUCUUGCCUAAGAAAAAAACUCAAAAGCUAUCUACAGCCGAAAAAUCAUUUGAAAAUGAGAAUGGAUGUUUUCAACAUACCACAUCAAGGGGAAAAACCUCACAGUACACACGAGGAUCCAAGCUAGAGGGAAAAGAUGUAAAUGGUGGUGAGCAACCACUAUCUGACAAAGAUUUACUAACUCUCGAGCAAUUCAAAAAAGAGAAUCGUGAGUUGAAGGAGAGAUUGCAAAGGAAGGAGGAGGACAUUUUAGGGGAAGUGUUGCAUGCUCUGCAGCAUGAGAAAGACAGGUGUAAAUCUCUUGAAACUCAGCUCAUUGAUGCUGAAAAAAAGCUUGAAGAGUUGAACAACGAGCAAGAAACUCUCAUUGAUGUAUUCGCUGAAGAGAGGGACAGACGUGAUGCUGAAGAGAAAAAAUUGAGAAAUAAGCUCGAGGAGGCAUCAAAUACUAUCAAAGAGUUGCUUGAAAAGAUACGGAAGCUUGAAAGGAAGUCUUCAAGCGGCAAACUAGAUCGAUAAAAGCCUUGUUACUGCAUUUUGAGUGUUAUAUCUACGUGGUGCCGGGAGCCUAUAUUUUUUGCUGUGCUGUUCAUUGUUUGUAUAGUUACACGAUAGAACUCUGUUCCCUUCGUUAAACUUUGAAGUUUGAACUGUUGUUGAAAUCCAAUCCCUUCGUUCACCAUGCUGUUGUAGGUAAGAGUUUUUUGAUUGGAGGUCGGAGUCUUGGGUGAAUUUUUCCACUUUUUUUGAGACAAUUUGAUUAGCGGGCAGAGGAAGUUGAUUAUUAUACGAAGUCUUAUUGAACAAUCACUUCACUAUUUUCCUUUAAAUUCAUGCAUUUAUCUUUCUACUAAUUUACCUUUGCUUGUAAGUUUAA